AUGUCGCUGGUGAAUGUCACUGCUUUGAUGAAGUGGAAGAUCAAAUCUAGUAAGGCAUGUUGGCAAUUAAGACCAGUGAAGCAAAAACCAUCGAGACGGGCAAUAUAUCAGCGACAAUGUCGUCUGUCGGUCACCGGUGACACCGAUAGGGGGAGGAAGAAGUUUCUGUCAGAGAUAAUCAGGAAAUGGAAGAAGAAAGGUCUUGGCUCUGAUGGGAAACACAAAGUUCUGAUGAUGUCUUGCUUGAGUGACAAAUUGUAUAAAGAUAGUGAAGUUAAAGAAGCCCAGUUGGUGUUUGAUGAAAUGGGGAAGUGGGUUUUGCAUCCCAUUGUUGUUAGUUUCAAUACUUUGAUUAAUGGGUACUAUAAAUCAAGGAAUUUAGAAGAGGGUUUUAGAUUGAAAAGAGUUAUGGAGGAGAGUAGAACAUAUGCCAAUGUGUUUACUUACAGUGUCUUGAUAACUGCAUUAUGUAAGGAAUGCAGGUUGGACAAUGCAAAUGAGUUGUUUGUUGAAAUGUGUCACAGGGGUUUGGUUCCGAAUGAUGCUACAUUUACCGCAUUGAUUGGUGGGCAGUGCAAGUGUGGGAGGGUUGAUUUGGCCAUGGAAACGUUUCAGGAAAUGUUGAGGAAAAAUAUUGAACCUGAUUUGGUGACAUAG